UUUUUUAUAACCAAAAUAAAAAGCAGAGCCUCCUUUUUCUGUAGCGACGCUUACUGAUAGUCAUAGGCUUCAAUGGAGGAUAAUAUUUCCUCUGAGUUGAAACUCUCCGACUUAAGGAGACAAACCUUUCGCCGAACCAUCGAUCAACUUCAAGAUCGCGCUUCUUCGAUUCUCUUACUUACCCUUCAAUGGAAGGACAUAGAGGAUCACUUCGCCUCCGCUCACAAUGCCAUCGAACAACGCGCCGUGGAGCUUGAUUCUUUCCAAGAAUCGGUUCAACAGACUUUGGAGGAUGUCAAGAAGCGAGAGAGGGAGUUGGAACUUGUUCAAGAAUUUGUGAAAGAGAGAUUUAGAGAGAUUGAGGCCAAAGAGAAGGAUUUUGAGUUGAAUCAAAGGAAGGAGAUUGAGGAGAGGAAGAGAGAAAUUGAGCGGAUUGAGAAAUCUGGCAGAGAGUUAGAGUUGAAAUUGAGAGAGAUUAGAGAUGCUGAGAAGAAGCUUGAGUUGUUUAAUGAUUCAAUUGAGAAGAGGGCUGCUGAGGUUAGAGAGAUUUUGAGCGAGACUGAAGUGAAAGAGAAGGAAUGUGAGCGAUUUUUCAAUGAAUUGAAGUUGAAAAAGGAACAAAUUGAAGAGCAUUGCAAAGAACUUGCGCUCAAAGAAGAAAAUUUUAGCAGGCGGAUUUUGGAAUUUGAAGCGAAGGAAAGGAAAUUUGAGGAAAAAUACGAAGAAUUCAGAGUGAAAGAUGAGAAGAUUGAUGGUAAAUUUAACGAUCUUGAAUUGAAGGAGAAGCUAAUUAAAGCACGGUGUGAGAAAGUGGAAUCUGAAAAAAAGAAGUUUAUGGAACGAUGUAAAGAGUUUGAAGAGAAGAAGAGACAAUUUGAAAAACAGUGCAGAGAACUGGAAAUGAAAGAGAAGCAUUUUGUUCAUGGUCAUACUAUCCGCGUGAAGAUUGAGCCACCAAAUACCAGUGUGGUUGACAAUGCUGUGGACUAUCCCAAUGCUAAUCUUCAUUUUUCUGUGAAUAUGGAUGGGAAGGCCUUGCAGAUUUUCUUAAAUGAGCAUCGUGGGGAGUAUGAUUCAAUGAGGAAUGAGGUACUUGUUGCACUAGGAUUCUCAUCCGACCCUGCAAAGCUUGUAUUGGAUGCAAUGCAAGGGUUUUUCCCUCCCCAUUUGAAAAAGGGAGAUAUGGAGUUCGAAGAAGAGGUUGUUAGAAGGAGUUGCAUACUCUUACUAGAGCAACUGAUGAAAAUAUCACCAGAAAUUAGGCCUCAUGUGAAAAAAGAAGCAAUGAGACUUGCCUUUGAUUGGAGAACAAAAAUUAAGGGAGACGCUGGGCAUUCUCUUGAGGUCUUAGGGUUUUUGCAGCUUUUAGCUUCUUAUGGACUGGUCUCUGCUUUUGAUGCUGAUGAUCUCUUAACUCAAUUGGAGAUAGUUGCAAAACAUCGCCAGUCUCCUGAAUUAUUUCGUGUCCUGGGUUUUGCAGAAAAGAUAUCUGGUUUUAUUCAAAAUCUUAUCAGAAAGAAGCAGCAUGUUGAGGCCAUUAGAUUUAUUUAUGCUUUUGAGCUAGUUAAUGAGUUCCCACCUGUACCUUUAUUGAAUGAUUACCUAAAGGGUUCCAAGAGUGCUGCCAAAAAGUUUAGAAAGGGAAACAAAUCACUUGAAGGACAGACUGAGGCCACAAACAAAAGAAUAGCUGAUCUGAGUUGUGCAGUAAGAUGCAUUGAAGAAUUCAAUAUUGAAUUUGGACCCUCACUUGGAAACCUUAAGCAUUUGAUAGAUGUUAUGGAGAGACAAAUCUCAAAUAGAAAAACAAAGGUGGCUGCCUUUGCAUGCAAGAAACGAAGGAAUAGGAAGAAACGUUUGCCCCCUAAUUAUGCUGCAGUUGAUGCCCCUGUGCUUGCCCCCAAAUCUGCAUCCACCACAAGUGUGGCUCUUACCAGUUUUCCAUCGACCACCUCAAAUUCUGUGCCUUUCCCCAAGACUCGAUCACAACAGUUGAGUGGAAGUAAACGUUCUUGGACAGAUAUGUCACCAAAAGAUCUUCCAAAUUCUUGUUCUGGUGCUGAUCAGGCAAACCGCUUUGAUCCUUUCCAUGCAAAGACUCAGCAAUCCUCAUUAGGAGAUUCACCACUAGAAAGCAAGGAGGCUUCUUCAUCCCUGGAUCCUCAGCAUAAGCCUAAAGCUUUUUCUUUUAACAGGAGUAAGGAGGAUUUGAAACUGUUACUUAAAAAACAUGACGAUAAUGAUUUAGAACAUGGUGAGAUUGCUGCUGCUCUUCGACUUGCAUGUGAUCCGGGAAGGCUUGUUUUGGAUGUAAUGAAUGCUUCCCAUCCUUUCAACUUGAAGAGAAAUAAGGACAUCAAGUUACGAGUUUCAAAAAAGAGUUGUAUCUUAUUGCUGGAGCAGUUAAGGAUGGUCUCACCCCAGAUUAAUCCUGAUAUAAAAGAAGAGGCUAAAAAAGUUGCAUUUUAUUGGGAAACAACAUUGGCAGAGAAGAAAAAUGAUCAUUUGGAGGUCAUUUGUUUCCUACAGUUUUUAGCUGCCUAUGGUUUGGCCUCUACUUUCGAUGCAGACAAACUUCUUGUUCUUCUGGAUGCUGAUGAGUGGCGUAAAGAGGCUGCUGAUUUGGUUCAAGUACUUGGUUUAGCAGAUAAGAUCCCAAAUUUUAUUCAAAAUCUCAUUAAGAAGGAGCAGCCAAUAGAGGCUGUUAAAUAUAUCUAUGCAUUAGAUAUGGUCGACAAGUUCCCACCGGUACCCAUUUUAAAGGACUAUUUGAGCAAUUCUUCCAAAAAGAAUGUUAAGCAACUAUCCAGGAAAAAGAGAAAAUCUAAUGGAGGGCAGAUUCAAGCCAUUGUCAAAGAGGUAAAAGCAUUGAAAGCUGUGGUCAAAUGCAUCACGGAUUGCAAGAUUGAUGGCAUCUCACCUGCAAUCCUCAAAGAACAAAUUGUCCAACUGGAAAAACAGAAAGAAGAGAAAGUUCUUAUCAUUGAAAAAUCAAAAGCCAAAAUCACACCUUGUUCCUCGUCUAAAUCUAAAUUAGAUCAGCAGGUCUCUCUUUCCUCUGCACCAACUUCUGUCACUGCCCCUAACACUGAACUGCAACAGCAGAGUGGAAAAAAGCGUCCUAGAAUACAUGUUUCAUCAGAGGAUCCUCCAAAAGCAUCCAUUCGUGGCACACCUGUAGUUCAUUCAAUGCAACCUCCCCAGCAGCAUCCACCAGGUUUUGUUGCAACUCAAGGUGCUCCUUACAUGUAUCCACCGCCCAGACACUAUAGUUUGGCAGGCUAUCCUCCUAACAUUAUGCAGUUUGACUCCUAUAAUUCUAAUGUUAGUUCCUCUUACCGUUGGACAAAUGUUAAUCUUGGACACUGGAAUCCAGUGCCCUUCUGAACGACCUAGUGCUGCACCCGAGUGCGAAUGAUGAUCAUUCGCGGUGAUCGUUGCGUUUCCUGUAUCUUUCAGUGGUAAUUUUCCACAUUUGUGCAAUCAAUAUAUUUAUCUUUGUGUUUGGUCA